AUGACCCAAGGAAAGCCUCCAUUUCAAGGAACAAACUCAGAAGAUCUUUUGGAAAAAUAUGGCAAAGGAUUAAGUUUUAAUCAAGAAAAUGACAUUUUAGACUCUAAUGAGUUGAGAGAUUUGCUUACUAAAAUGCUGAAUUAUGACUAUAAUACAAGAAUUACUGUUGAAGACGCGUUGAAUCAUCCAUGAAUUCAAAAAAAUAGCCAGUCUUUGGUUUCACCCUCUACUAAUAAUGAAGCAAUCACUCGCCUUGUAGAAUUUACUUCUAAAGAUAAAAUUGCAAGAGAACUUUUUUCAUUUUUCAAAGUCAACCUUACAAACCAAAAUGACCAUCGCAAAUUUAUUGAUCUUUUUAAAAAUUUAGAUAAAAAUAAAGAUGGGCAAAUCAGUAAGGAAGAGCUAUUAGACGAAAUUAAAAACCUAGAUAUCAAAGUACAAAAUAGACUUAAGAAAAUUUUAAAUAGUGCCGACCUUAUGGAGAAAGGCUAUAUAGAAUUUUCAGAAUUUUUAACAGCUUGCACUGACUGAAAUACUGAUGAAAAUAUAAAAAGAUUCGAAAAAGCGUUUAAGCUGUGCGAUAAAAGCGGAGAUGGACAGUUAAGUCUUAAAGAGCUAAAAGCAAGUAUUAAAGGGAUAAAAUCUAAAGAAUGGGCUGAGUUCUUUGGGAGUGUUGAUUUUGAUCGGUCAGGAACAAUCUCUUUUGAAGAGCUCAAGGAAUUUUUGUUUGGGAAAAAUCGUAUUAGUCCAAAAUAUAGUAAAACAGUCUAA